AUGUCAGAGAUGGCCUCGCGAGAUACAGACGUGCUAUUUACAUGUGGCGAUUUGCAGCCUGUUAUUCAGCUUUUCUGUGCUUUCUCGAAAGAAAAGUCAGCCGCGUGCAACCCACUUGGUGUCGGAAGCUACCGUGCCAACGGCAUUGUUUACGAGUCACAUUACAAACAUGCCGAAUCUUUGCUGGAAGCACUGGAUGGUGACAAAAAAGAGCUGAUCACGUUCGAGUAUGCGCUUCAUGGAGUAAUCGAUAGUACCCCACUAAGUCAAGGCAACGAAACGUGCGGCAUGAAGUUGCUGUUGUCAUACGUGACCAAUAACGGCAACUUGGAGCUUCUUGACAAGUCUUGCGUCGAUGAAAUGCCCCCGUUCAAUAUGACGCUGUCGCUUGAAGAUCAGUACUACAUGAUGAGCACGGACGAUGUCUACAACGUUUUUUACGGUAUGAGUUUAUAUGGAAGUCUUCCCGCAUAA